AUGGCUCGCUUUGCCCAGGUCCUGGCGGAAAUAGGUGACUUUGGUCGCUUCCAGGUACAGCUGGUGAUACUGCUGAGUGUCCCCAGCUUCCUGUGUGCUUACUACAUGUUUGCCCAGGUCUUCAUGACCCAGCACGAGACCCACCACUGCUCCGUGGCCUGGGUCAAGAACCACACUUUGAACCUGAGUGCGGCCGAGCAGCUGGCGCUGAGCGUGCCCCUGGAUGCCGCCGGCAAGCCCGAGCCCUGCCUGGUGUUCCGGCCGCCCCCUGACCACGCCAGCCUCGAGGACGUCCUCGGCCGCCACCUCAACGAGACGCAGCCCUGCGAGGCGGGCUGGGAGUACCCUGAAGCCAGGCCCCCGUCCCUGAAGAACGAGUUCAACCUGGUUUGUGGUCGGAAGCACCUGAAGGAGACCUCGCAGUCAGUGUUCAUGGCUGGGCUCCUCGCUGGGGCUCUGGUCUUCGGGCCCCUGUGUGACUGGAUCGGCCGCAAGCCCACCCUCCUGGUGCAGCUGCUGCUCUUCGGGCUCAUCGGCCUGACCACGGCCUUUGUGCCCAGCUUUGAGCUCUACAUGGCCCUGCGCUUUGCCGUGGCCAUUGCUGUUGCCGGGUUCUCCUUCAGCAAUGUCACCCUACUUGCAGAGUGGGUGGGGCCCUCCAGGCGGACUCAGGCCAUGGUCCUGGCCCAGUGCGCCUUCUCCGUGGGGCAGAUGGCGCUCGCCGGGCUCGCCUACGCCGUCCCAAACUGGAGGUAUUUCCAGAUAGCGGGCACCGCACCGGCCUUCCUGCUCUUCUUCUACGUGUGGGCUCUGCCCGAGUCAGCGCGCUGGCUCCUGACCAGAGGGAGGGUAGAGGAGGCCAAGCAAGUGCUCCAGAAGGCGGCCUCGGUCAACAGGCGGAAGGUCUCCCCCGAGCUCCUGAGCCAGCUGGUCCCGGAGAAGACAGGCCCCUCAGGGAGCCCCCUGGAUCUGUUCAGACACCCCCAGCUCCGGAAGGUGACCCUGAUCCUCUUCUAUGUCUGGUUUGUGGACAGUCUGGGGUACUUCGGCCUGAGCUUCCAGGUCGGUGACUUUGGCCUGGACAUCUACCUGACGCAGCUGGUCUUCGGGACGGUGGAGGUCCCCGCCCGCUACUCCAGCAUCUUCAUGAUGCAGUGGCUGGGCCGCAGGCGGAGCCAGAUGCUGACUCUGAUUCUGGGCGGCCUCAUGUGCAUCAGCAUCAUCUUCGUCCCAGCAGAUCUGCCCGUGGUGGUCACCGUGCUGGCCGUGGUGGGCAAGUUCUCCACGGCCGCCGGCUUUACCAUCUCCUACGUGUACUCUGCCGAGCUCUUCCCCACCGUCAUCCGGCAGACGGGCAUGGGGCUGGUGGGCAUCUUCUCGAGGAUCGGGGGCAUCCUCACGCCCCUGGUGAUGCUGCUGGUCGAGUACCACGCGGCCCUCCCUAUGCUCAUCUACGGCAGCCUCCCCAUCGGGGGAGGCUUACUCUGCGCCCUGCUGCCAGAGACACGUGGCCUGCCCCUGAAGGACACCAUUGAGGACCUGGAGCAGGGGCCCCGCCCUCGGCCUCUGGACUCAGCACCUUCAGAAAAGGAGAGAGAGGCUUCAGGAACAACUUCCAGCCCAGGGGUGACCUUCGGGAGGAGCACGUACUUCUGAUCGCAUCUCCGGAGCCGGCAGGGAGCGGCCCGAACACCCCCUGGAAGUGGCUGGGGGCUGCCCGCAAGCCCCCUCCCUGCCGUCCCGCAGAUGGACGCAGCACACCGC